AUGGACUCACACCAGACACUUACUUAUGCUGAUGGGUUCUUGAAUACAUCUAACCAAGAAGCUGCGGAAGUACUGGCUGCAGAGAGAAAAGCUCAACAACUUGAGCAAGAACUGCAAGUUACAAAAGAUAAGUCGGCUCAAAUGAUGAUUAGGCUGAAUAAAAUGUUGGAUGAUAAGAUUAGUGAAGCUAAUAUGGCAUCUCGGAAUCAACACGAGAGGAUUGAAGAACUCGAAGCACAGGUUAGGGAAGCGGAGGAUAUAGUGAGGCAGCUCAGAGAAGAGCUGAGAUGUGUGCAAGAUGAGCAUAAGAGGGUGAGUACGAAGGACCUGCAACACGCUGGCAAACAGUUGGAUGAUAAGGAUCCUCCAGAAGAAGCAAUGGUGUAUAAUAGACAGUUGCAGUCUGGUCUGUGCAAUCCCUUAGAAUCAGCGACAGAUUCUCUGGUAGGUUCUGACAAGGAAAAUUUAUAUCCACAUCACAGGACCCCAUUCGGUAAGUGCACCAGCGAAGCAAUUCAGAUGUGGAGUUUGUAUGGCCCCAUGCCUGAAUUACCUUCUAUACUACAGAGAAGCAAGGAGCACAGAUUAUACAAAAGUAGGUGCGCACACUGCAUUGAAGCGAAGAUGCCAACCAAGCAUACACAAGCACUGUGCAAAGACGAUUGUAUUUGCUGUCUCUAUGAAAUUCAUACUACUGACUUGAUACUAAAAGCUGCUAAAAGUGCUACCAAGACCAUGUACAAGAAGAAAAAACCCGCCUCAAGCAAGAAGAUUCCGGAAAGAUUGUUCCAAAAGGUACAUGAGAGUCGUGGUGUGCCUGAUGAAUCAGCGUCUGCUACUAAAUCAGUAGGAAGAAGGGCUAAGCCUAUUGAAGGUCCUAUUUUACCAAAAGGUCCUUUUAGGGAAUGUUCUAAGAUUCAAGUAUGCACACAAAACGUCAUCAAGGUUAGCCAGCCUACUCCGCCACCUGAUCUCAACAGUAAUGGGACAAGUGCUCAAGCUUCUUCUCUGCAACAUUUCAGAUACACAUACCAAAGGAAGCGGAAGAGAGAAACUCGAGACAUAAUUUCUGAUGGAAAUCUCUGCUGA